CAGACUGGCUGUAACCUUUUGUAGAAAAAAAGAACUUAGACAAACAAAAGGAAGUGGUAAUCUUACUGAUUAUGUUCUGGAAGCUGUACAGUCUUGUUACUGGAAUUCUAGCUCUCAUUGCAAGUGUAGAUGCUAAAGAAACUUCUGAAAAGCAGUUGGAAAUAGCGCUCGAAGGCUCGUGGAACACAACACCUUUUAUCUUGAAUCUACUUGAAAGUGUUAGUGCUAAUAAUGAAUCGCUAUAUUCUCAAGCCUUAUCUAAUAUUAUAGAAAAUGAUGAUAACGAGAGGCCUACAGACUCCUUUUAUUAUGAUCUAAUUGCUAAUGAAUUGAAUGAUAAAGAUUUAUCAUUUUUCAAUUUUGAUCUUGUGAAUAAAAUCAAUUCUCCUAGAAUUCAAGCCCAUUAUGAUUAUUAUAACUCUACCGUAAGACCGGAAUUUCUUGCCAGAGUUCAGAGAGAAUGUGCCACGGACUCAUUUGGAAAUCCUGUGCUUUCCCCAGAGGAAGAACCCAAGGCUUGGCUCUUGUACAACGAUAAAAUUUAUUGUUCACCUGAUGAAGUAUUUGCCUUGCAAACCAAUGGAGUUGGUCUUUCUAGAGACUCUCUUCUCCCCUUUGAUAGAGUAGUUGGUGAAAAUGAGAAAGCUCCACUUUUAGUAUUGUAUGGAGAUAUUGAAUCAAAAUUUUUCAAAGACUUUCUUCGAAACGUCUACUAUGCUGCUGAAUCAGGAAAGAUCCAAUUUGUUUGGAGAUAUAUUGAAUCGGCCAAUCAUAAGAGAACACCUGAACAAUUAACCGGGUACGGUGUUGACUUGACAUUGAAAAGAACUGAUUACAUAGUUAUUGACGACAGAGAUGAUAAAAAGGAUUCUACUCAAAAAGUCUUGAGCUCAAAUGAUGAUAUCAAGCCAAUCAACAAAGAUCAAAUCUCACAACUUGGUUUAAAGUUAACGUCACAUGUACUUCAACAAUCAGAUGAGUCCCAAUACGAGGCUUUACUCGAUAUUCUACAAGAUUUUCCACAACGGGUAUCAGAAAUCGCCAACCUUAACAUUGAUAUUAAAAAUGUACAAAAGAAUAUGUUAGCUAAUGAGAAAUUGGGGAUCAGUGAAGAUUCUAUUGGUUUAUACGUAAAUGGGUCUCCAUUGAACCGAUUAGAGCUUGAUCUCUUCACCUUGGUCGAUAAAAUUCAAAACGAAUUGGAACUUAUCGAGAAUAUGAAACUGUUGGGAUUCACUAAUGAACAGGCAAAGAAACUUAUUUCUAAAUUUGCAUUGAUGUCUGCUGUCAAACAGGCUCAUUUCUAUAAGGGUAACUCCAUGAUGGGUGGAAAAAAUGACAAUAGAUUUAAAGUGUACCAACACGAGUUCCAACCAAACUUACCUGAUGGUAUGCAGAGUGGCGGGGUGGUAUUUUUCAAUGACCUUGCACUCGAUGUAAGUUACAAUGAAUACUCCACCAAUGGUAAACUCUCAUAUUCAGAUUCUGAACUUGCCAAAUUGAGGGCUGGUCAAAUUCCGAAAUUAAGAGAAAAUGUUCACGAUUUAAUCUUUGCCAUAGACAUCUCCAACAGGGAUCAAUUGAAGGUGUUUUUCACAAUUUCAAAAUUGAUCUUGGAUAGAUCUAUUCCCCAACAAAUUGGUGUCCUCCCCAUGAAAUCUACAAAUGUACAAGAGGAACUUUUGAUUAAAAUCUUUUAUUUCAUCACAGAUACCGCAAGUGCCAAGGAAGCGUUGGCAUUUUUAUAUAAAUAUCUUGAAAGUAAAUCAUCCGAUGAGACUGAUGAGUUAUUGAAGUCAAUUGAAAUACCUUCUGACUAUAUUUAUGGUUUAUACAACGAGGCAACCUUGGAAACGUUUUCUAUUAGUCAACCAUCUGUUAUUUUCAACGGUGUUAUUAAUGAGUUGACGGCACAAGGAUGGCAGAGUGCCAUGGGUAAACAGAUAUCUCAUGAUGUUCGUAUCAUCAACUUCCACGUCAAGCAGAGUACUUAUAUGGAUACUCCAUUAAAGUCGCUUAUCUAUGAAAAUGCACAAUCUAGUAGAAACUUGAAGAUUAUCCCAACUGAUCCUUCAGCAAUGAAGUUCAAGCCAAUCAGUGAAGAAUUGAUAAACAAUUCAUAUCAUUUCGAAUGUGACAGAUUCCCAUUUAGCAAAACUCCAAUGAAUUUUUGGAUAAUUGGUGAUUUCAAUAUGGAGAAAGUUAAAUUGCAAUUUCUUGAAAUUUUGAACCUAAUGGACCAAAGCCCAGGUGGAAUGCAAUUGAGAUUAGUCCAUACUGGACAAGAAUCUGCUCUUCUUGCCAAAAUUUUGAGAACUUUCAACACCCACAGUAUGACGGACUCAGAUGUUAAAUUCAUAACCAAACUUUCAACUCCAUUUAAAGCUCCCGAGUCAGAUGGCCAUAACAUAACUACUAUGGAGUUGCUUGAACGAAACAGACUCCCUCUGUCACAUCUGUAUUUAUUAUUGAAUUCAAGAUAUAUUAGAAUCACUGAUUCUUUGAUCACAAAGAGUGAAUUGAAGAGAUUGGUUGACUUUGAAGCUACACAAAGAAUUGAAAUUCUUGAUGAUCUCGUAUCAACUUAUCCUAAGACAUUUGCUUAUAAGACUCUAUUAAACUUCAAAAAUGGCGGUAACCUUUCCGACAAUGAUUGGUUUGAUUUGUUGUGCUCAACAGUAACCAAAUCGUUCUUUGUCGACAAUACAUUGUUUUUGAACGAUGUAUCAAGAUUUGACUUCGAGAGUUUGAACAAGGAGAAUUCCUUACUGGUCUCUUCCACAACAUCAAAUGACGAAAAUGAAGUCGAUGUUCUUGUAAUACUUGAUCCAGUAGAUGAAUUUGCACAAAAAGUAGUUUCAAUGUUGAAUUCUAUUAAAGAAUUCACAUUUGUCAAUAUAAAAAUUCUCCUUCAACCACAAUUAUUGAGUCUGGAAGAGUUUAAUGUUAAAAGAUUCUAUCGUGGUGUAUAUCCUGAUUCGAAACCAAAAUUCAAUUCCAGGGGAUUUUUACAAACUUCGAAUGUUGCAAACUUUACUACCCUUCCUCAAGAUACUUUACUUACAGCAGAUUUAGAAACCCCAAUGAAAUGGAUUCCUAUUAUCAAAGAUACCCCAAUUGGAGUAGACGCUGAUAAUAUUCAAUUGACUAAAUAUGAUUUAGGUCCUACCAGAGGUACAUAUGAAUUGAAAAGCAUCCUAAUUGAAGGCUUUGCAAGAGAAACAAAAUCUGGGUUAUCGCCAGAUGGACUAGCCUUGGAAGUUAGAAAUACUGCUGGAAAAGUCAGUGACACAAAUGUCAUGUCCUCCUUAGGUUAUUUCCAACUUCAAUCUAAUCCAGGGUUAUGGAAGUUAAGAUUGAAAGAUGAAACCACCAGUAGUGCGUACUAUUCAUUGCUUUCAGCAAAUGAUAAUUCCUUUAGCAUUAACACUGAACCUAGAGAAGAUAUUACAAUCCCAAUUUUGAGUUUGAAAAGUUCACCAGUUAACUUAAGAGUUUCCAAAAAGACUGGCUACGAAGACAAAUCAUUAUUUGAGGACUUGGAGGCACCAAAUUCUGGAGGUUUAAUGAAGAAGAUGUUUAAAAAGAAAAACUUAAAUAAAAAGCAGGCGGAUAUUAAUAUUUUCUCUAUUGUUAGUGGGCACCUAUAUGAGAGAUUUUUAAGUAUCAUGACUGCUUCUGUACGAAAGAAUACGAAUCAAACAGUGAAGUUUUGGAUUAUCGAAAAUUUUGUUUCACUGCAUUUUAAGAAAUUACUACCAUAUCUUGCUCAAAAGUACGAUUUUGAAUAUGAAUUGAUUACCUACAAAUGGCCAAAUUGGCUCCGCCAACAAAGAGAAAAGCAGAGGACUAUUUGGGGUUACAAGAUAUUAUUUUUAGAUGUGAUUUUCCCACAAGACCUUGAAAAAGUUAUCUUUGUAGAUGCUGAUCAAAUCGUUCGUACAGACUUACAAGAACUAGUUGAUGAGAAUUUGAAUGGAUGUGUUUAUGGGUUUACACCUAUGUGUGACUCCCGAGACGAAAUGGAAGGUUUCAGAUUCUGGAAACGAGGAUAUUGGGAGAAGGUUCUUGGAGAUGAAUAUAAAUAUCAUAUCAGUGCACUCUAUGUUGUUGAUUUGGUUCAAUUCCGUAAAGAACAAGCCGGUAACCGUAUCAGAUCUUCAUAUCAGAAACUUUCAUCAGAUCCUCUUUCACUUGCUAAUUUGGAUCAAGAUUUGCCAAAUAACCUCCAGCGUCAAAUUCCUAUACAUAGUCUUUCACAAGACUGGCUUUGGUGUGAGACUUGGUGUUCCGAUGAGGGUCUUAAAUCGGCCAGAACCAUCGAUUUAUGCAACAACCCUCUUACUAAGGAACCAAAGCUUGAGCGUGCUAAAAGACAAAUUCCAGAAUGGACUACAUAUGAUGACGAGGUAACUGCAUUGGUAAAUGAAAUGAGGGAGAUUGAAAGACAAGAACUACAAGAAAAGGUUAUCGAUGUUGACGAGUAUAACGUUGAGAAUAUAGAAGAUGGCCAGGAUUACAAUGGUGAGUCUGAAGAUGAUGACUAUUACCACGACGAGUUAUAGGUAUAUUUAUGCACACAUUCAAUGAU